AUCAUGGCAAUGCCCCGUACUAGUCAUAACAGUGCUGAGCGCAGCUCCCGAAGUUUGGGUUUCUUCUUACAGUGCAAUGCAGAAUCGGAUUCACAAACAUGGUCGUGUCAGGCGACGGCGGAACUUCGGCUUCUGAAUCAAACAGGAGGACAAUCCCAUGUGAAAAAAAUCUCCCAUCUUUUCUACAGCAAAGAAAAUGACUGGGGUUUCAGUCAUUUUAUGGCAUGGAGUGACUUGUUAGAUCCAGAGAAGGGGUAUGUGAAAGAUGAUGCCAUUACGUUAGAAGUUCAUGUUGUGGCCGACGCCCCUCACGGUGUCAGCUGGGACUCUAAGAAGUUAACUGGGUAUGUUGGUCUGAAGAAUCAAGGAGCCACAUGUUAUAUGAACUCAUUGCUUCAAUGUCUGUUCUUCACUAAUGAACUCAGAAAGGCUGUGUACCUAAUGCCGACGGAAAGUGACGACUCAUCGAAGAGCGUUCCUCUAGCGUUGCAGAGGGUAUUCUAUGAGUUACAGCACAGUGAUAAACCAGUCAGUACCAAGAAACUUACCAAGUCAUUCGGGUGGGAGACACUAGACUCCUUCAUGCAACAUGAUGUACAGGAACUUUGCAGAGUGCUCCUGGAUAACAUCGAGAGCAAAAUGAAGAGUACGGUUGUCGAGGGAAUCAUUCCAAAACUCUUUGAAGGCAAAAUGAUUUCAUAUAUCAAAUGUAAGCACAUCACAUAUGAAUCAGGGAGAACUGAGCCAUUCUAUGACAUCCAGCUCAACAUCAAAGGCAAGAAAAAUGUAUAUGAAUCCUUCAAAGACUACAUUGCCACGGAAACAAUGGAUGGAGAGAACAAAUAUGAUGCAGGAGAACAUGGCAUGCAGGAGGCUGAGAAGGGAGUCAUCUUCACCAAGUUUCCACCGGUAUUACAUUUGCAGCUGAUGAGGUUUCAGUAUGAUCCACAGACAGACUCCAAUGUCAAAAUCAAUGACAGGUACGAGUUUCCGUUCAAGCUGAACCUGGAUAACUUCAUGAAGGAACAGGAGGAUACUCCGGCCGAAUACACGCUGCAUUCUGUGCUGGUUCACAGUGGGGAUAACCAUGGCGGGCAUUAUGUAGGCUUCAUUAAUCCACAAGGAGAUGGCAAGUGGUGUAAAUUUGAUGAUGACGUCGUCUCCAGGUGUACCAAAAUGGAAGCAAUAGACAACAACUUUGGUGGUCAUGAUGAGGACAUCUCAGUCAGAAAUUGUACAAAUGCAUAUAUGUUGGUGUACAUACGAGAUAGCUGUAUGAAUGAAGUAUUGAAGGAUUUACAUGAUGAUCAUAUUCCAGAGACACUCAAGAGGAGGUUACAGGAAGAAAAGAAAUUAGAAGCACAAAGGAGAAAAGAGAGGACAGAGGCACACUUGUACAUGACAGUUCAAGUGGUCACUGAAGAUCAGUUCUACGGUCAUCAAGGAAAUGAUCUCUUUGACUUUGACAGAAUACGAUUCAAAGAGUUCAAGAUAAUGAAGUCAGCAAGCCUUGCAGAUGGGUUAGACAUGUUAUCUCAAUCAAUGGGUUUCCGGCCUGAUCAGAUCAGGAUCUGGCCUUUCUCACAAAGGACCAAUCACACGUAUAGGCCUACGUUACUAGAGAAUGAUGAUCCAGUCAAACAGAUGAAUGAAGUAGCCGAUGGAGAUAGUGUAUGGACAGUAUUCCUAGAGACACAGGAUCCUGAAGCACAUCAAGUCUGCUUACCAUCAUUUGAUAGAGAAAGUGACGUUCUUCUGUUUUUGAAGCUUUAUGAUCCCAAGACAAAGAGUCUUUCAUUCUGUGGACAUGUUUAUGUCCCUAUCACAACGAAAAUACAGGCACUGGUUCCAUUGAUGAAUGAGAGAGCAGGCUUCCCGGAGUCAACGGAACUCAUUCUAUAUGAGGAAGUGAAACCUAAUCUAACAGAGAAAAUUGAAGACCUGAGUCAACAGAUGGACAAAGGUUUAGAUGAGCUCAUGGAUGGUGAUAUUCUUGUAUUCCAAAGGGAUGAUCCCGAAAAGAUGCAAUAUGACCUGCCGACAGCCAAAGACUACUUCCGGGACCUCUUCUGCCGGGAGGAGGUGACGUUCUGUGACAAGACCAACCCUCGAGAUCCUGGUUUCACGUUGAUUCUCUCCAACAAGAUGAACUACUUCCAGUUUGCCAAGGCAGUAGCUCAACAUCUAGACACGGAUGUGAUGUUACUACAGUUCUUCAAGAGUCAAGGUCACAGAGAUGGGCCUGGUCAUCCUCUAAGAUGUACAUAUGAAGGUUCAUUACGAGAUCUCUUACCACCCACCAAGUCAAGACAACCUAGGAAACUCUACUAUCAGAUGUUAAAUAUCAAGAUAGAUGAGCUAGAGAAUAAGAGACAAUUCAAGUGUAUAUGGGUCACAGAUAAACUCAAAGAGAUGGAGGUUGUACUAUAUCCUAACAAGACAGACACGGUCAGAGACAUGUUAGAAGAGGCUAAGAAACAUGUACAACUUGCAGAAAAUGGAACUGGAAAACUAAGGUUAUUAGAUAUCAUCAGUAACAAAGUCUUCCAGCAGUUUGCAGAAGAUACACCUAUAGAGAACCUAGCCUUGCAGGGAAACAAGAUGUUCAGAUUAGAAGAAAUUCCUCAAGACCAAUACAAGUUAAGUGAUGAUGAGAUGAUAGUAUGUGUAGCUCACUUCCAGAAGGACCUUUACAACACAUUUGGUACACCAUUCUUUGUUAGGUUAAGAGAGGGUGAAGCAUUCUCUAACAUCAAAGAGAGGAUACGAGAGCAACUAGACGUCUCCGAGAAGGAGAUUGAAAAGAUCAAGUUUGCAAUAGUAAUGAUGGGUAGACAGACAUACAUCGGGGAAGACCAAGAGUACUCAGUACGACUGAAAGACUUCCAGCCACAGGGACAUGCAACUAACCCCCAACCCAGGCCAUGGCUUGGCCUUGACCAUGUCAACAAGAACAAGAGACCACGCUACAACUAUGUGGAAAAACCCAUCAAGAUCUUGAACUGACAAACACUUCUAGACCCAGCCAUACCAACGCUGGACCUCAAGACUCUUAGAAUUUACAUAGAUAUAAAUAUUAAUGGGCAUAUCAUGAUGGAGGUUUCGAUGAACAGAAGCAGAUAGAGAAAAGAUGGAUGGAUAGAUGGAUUAGUGGACAGAGGAGCCAGAGAAGGAGGAUUUGAAAACCAAAGAGCUUCAAGCUGCCAACGGAGGAUUCUGCAAGUGCGACGCAGGAGGACCUGAUGCACCUUAAGCACAGGCGCACACAAAACAUGGUCCAGGCCAUUGUCUGGGGCUUAUCCCUGCAUACCGGUUCUUUAAAAAUGGUGGGAAAUGAAAUGUUCCUUCAUUUGUUUCAAUGGAACUGUUUACAGCAAACACACCCCAUGUUAUGGUUUCCAAAUCAUUGGUCGUAUAUACUUUAGGGUGUGGAAUACAAUGACCCGGGCCAGAUUCGGUGUGAAAAAGUUUUAUAUCAAGCAAUGAUGUUUAAGACCCUGAAACCCAAGUGAUAGCUUUCACAGAACCAACUUAUCUUUCAGGAAAUGUUACCUUAUGCCAUUCUCCUCUCAUUUAAAUUAUUCAUGACCUUCAUUGGGGGAAAACUUAGACAAGGUAAAGAAAAGAAUGCAAUUGUUUACAUGGAAGGAUAAGCACUUUAAUUAUUCCUUCAAUAUGGCUUUUCGUUAUAAUGUAAUUUAUGGUUUUAUGUUCACCUCAGAGAUCUUUGUUUUUAACUAGAGAAAGCCAAGACCAUGAACACUUUUAUAUUGUAUAUUUUUAUUUCUUCUCUAUAUUCUUUGUUUCAUAUCUAAAUUGUUGAUGACAAUAUUUUAGUUUGUCAUUCUUGGACAGCCAUCAAUAAUUGAGUACCCAAACUGAUGGUUAGUAGUGCAUUCAUGUAUCUUCUAUCACCAAGUUGUGUCACAAUUGGCUGCCCAUAGUUAAACAACAUAUUCAAACCGUGAUGUAAGUUGCACUGUAGUUGCACUGAAGUUUUGAAUAGAGGUCCUCCCUAGUUAAGCCUAUAGUUGUAGUCCUCUCCUAGAAAUUUGCGUGGAAUGUAUGUCAUAAGUAAAUAUGUUUAGUAACUUUCACAUCAUUUUAUGACCGACUUGGAGACCAUGAAGUGUUUCAUGUGCUCUCGAAGAUCUUUGUAACAUUUGAAGAAAGGAUGACAUAUAUGAAAAUAAUCUGUAUAAAUGAUUGCAUAUUAUAUCCUUUUCACAUCAGGGCCCCGUCUUCCAAAGAGUUGUGAUUGAUGCGAUCAAUUGUAACUAUGGAAAGCCAGCAAAGUCAACAUAUGAAAUGUAUGUUUGAUCAAAAAAUUUUCUUGAUAUGAAUGUAUAUCCAUAAAGUCAUUGAUUUCUUGACAAAUUUGUGUGUUUUCCUUUGUUUACAAAAGACACUUUGCAAAUUUCCUGUAGAAAAAAAUAUGACACUGAUGGAUUUCCAUAGAGUUACGAUUGAUUGGAUCAAUCGUAUAUCUCUUUGUAAGAUGGGCUCCAGAUGUGUAUUGACCAUGUAAAUGACAAGCAGCAUCAGGAUAUCGAAAAAAACCCUGCCUGGCUAGCUAUUAUCAUUUGCAUGGUCCCCACUGUGACAAGUCAAUAGAUUUUCUUUGUAUGAUAAUGGCUACUAUAGGAGGCUGUCGGACACGCCCACAUUGUGUAAUUACGCUAUCCAUAUUAAGCUAAAUCACCCAUGUGGUGUGUUUGGCUUAACCCUCUUGUAAUGAGCACCUACAGUCAAAUCUACCCAAAUUCAAAUGUAGGGACACUGUCGUAACUUCAAAUUCAAAGAAGUAAGUGUUAUGUGAAAACAAUAUAGGAACAUAUGUUGUAUACACUGUAUUUUUCAGCUAUGUUCUACUUCGAAUCUGCAAAUUUUGUAUUUUAGCGGCAGCAGAAUAUUUCAUGUCCUGCUAUCCAUUUAUCGAGUAAAUGAAAACGCAGUAAAAUAAUGAAAUUAUUUCUUUUGCAAUGACUAUCUUGGAGAUGAAAAUGCUAGAUAUUAUGAGUGCCUGGCUGAUACAGUAUAAAUAUGGUGGACUAUACUUGGAUCUUUGACGAAGGAAAUAUUAGUGGACUACUUAAAAUUAAUCGCCAAGAUUUGUUUACGGUGCUAUCGCUCAGUAACAUGAAGCUUAGCAAUGGAUCACACUCUUGAAUUGUACAAAUUUAUUGCAUAUCAUAAUGAUGAGCAAUAAAAAAAGAAAACACCUAUCUUUCUUAUGAUCAUUCAUUAAUAUCUGUGUCACCUAGCCAAGAACCAUCCUUCAAGAUUCAAAAUAGGUGGCAAAGGGGGGGGGGGGGUGUGGAGGAGUUAAAAGAGUCUCCUCUUUUUCAUCCAACUCAUCCUGGCUUUGUUCCAAUUUUAUUUUUAUUUUGUCAAUGCCAAGUUGAUAACAAAGCUACUUCGUAAUGAUUCAGUGCAGUUUGAUUGGCACUGAGGAAAUUUUAAGAAGUACUUGAUAAAACCUGGCCCUAAUUCCUUCUUUCAAAUUUGUAGAGUGAUCACUUGCUGGUACAUAUUUUGCUACAUCUAACAUUAAACUUUCUCACCAUUAUAACCUUCAAUGUACCCUAGUAAUGAAAGUCAAUUAGAUACUAGAGGUACUUGUAUUUUAAUUCUAUUUAUUUUAUCACAUUGCAUUUUAGUUGGUAUUAUUCAUUUAGAACUACACUAUCCAGAAAAGGAGUAAGUAUAUCAAAAGAGAAUCAUCAAGUUUAAUCAAUCUACAGGGCAACUUCACCUGGGGAGUUUGAUUCUAUUAUCGGCACUUGUAGAGUUUGUGUGGCUAGUCCAUUUGCAGCCUUCCCUUUUCACCUCUUGAUGCUUUAAAAUAUGUUUAUUUUAUCAAUUGAACACUUAAUUCCAUCAGUGUUCUACCGGCACAUCUUGUUUUGGUAUUGAACCAUUAUAACUACAAUUACCAGGAAAUUGAGCCAUUUUUAGAGAGAGAAAAAAAAAAUUGUUGAGUCAAACAUGAAACGGCAAUACUAGGUCUCAUGGUGGGAUUUCUGUUUGUAUAUGCUUCUUUUUGUCCAAGGAGUAUUCAUUGCACACCUUAUUAAUAUUUGUGUGAACACAUUACCUUUUUCUUUUCUUUAGAGGCAAAAGGACGCAUCUCUCUGUUUAUGUUGUAUAUAGGUCAAUGGUCUCUCAACUUGGUGAUUUUUUUUCACUUAAUUAUGUUAAUCUCAGGGUGGAUUAGAAUUAAUCAACGUCAUUUUCCCCAAGAAUCAUUUUUUUGAAGAAAUGUUUAGUUCAAUCGUUAUUUCGUUGCUCGUGGAAGUGAAGGUUUUUCAAAAUGCAGACAUGAAAGAAAUGGUCCAAAUGCAUUUCGGAAGGUGAUUCACCAGGACCAACAGACCUUAAUAUCAAUUAAAUACAACAGAAUUCUCAGUUAUUAUUGUAAAGUGGGAUCUCUUCUAGUUCACACAUGUGUUGCAUACACUCCAAGGUUGACUUUUACUUCCUAGGUUAAACUGGCUAAUCUGCUAUGCAUAUAGAAUGGGGAAGAUUUCUCUCUACUGGAAUUGGAGGGAAAUUCUUUAUACUGGAAUUGGAGAAAAGUUCUCUUUUCUGGAAAUGGGAAAAAUUCUCUGUACUUGAAAUGGGAAAAAUUCUCUGUACUGGAAAUGGAAAAAUGCUCUGUUCUGGAAAUGGGAAAAAUUCUCUGUAGUUGAAAUGGAUAAAUGAAUUUUCUAUACUGAAAAUUGGAGAAAAAAAUCUGUACUGGAAAUGGAGAAAAUUAUCUUUACUAAAAUGGGGAAAUAACUUCUGUAUACUGGAAAUGGAGGAAAAUAGCUCCUUUAAAUGGAGAAAAAUCCUCUAUACUAGAAAUAUGGAAAUAUUCUCUAUACUUGAAAUGGAGUCAAUUUCUCUCUACUGGAAAUGAGGAAUUAGAGGGAAAUUUGAAAAAUUCUGUACCAGAAAUUGGGAAUAUAUCUACUGGAAAGUUGAACAAUACUGGAGUGUUGGCUCAGUUGGUAGAGCGUCCGUCUCACAACCGGGAGGUCUGGAGAUCAAACCCUGGCCGCGUCAGACCAAAAGACGUUAAAAGAUGGGAGUUGCUGCUACCCUGUUUGGCGUUCAACAAUCCAAGUGAUAGAGCCUCAUCGAUCUGGUGCUGCACAUUGGCUGCCAGGCCCAUGAUCAAUUGGGCAAAAAGGAUUUCCGAGUAUUUCUAUUUUCAGAGUUCAUUUCAAACAAUAAAAUAUUGAUAUUUAAUUUCAUUUGUGCAGAUAACUAUGGCUUGCUUUACAAAUAUUCAACCGUUUUGAAUAGUCUGUAUGCUGCUGCCCUCCACAGGUAUUUUUGUUGCCGUAUAUGAUAGUGCUAUUGGCCGUCUUGGUAUAUUCAUAAUUCACACGUAUUGUGAAUACCUGCAGUUACAUGAAUACUGCAAGGUGGAUGCACUACUGUAUGUUAAGUGAUAUUCCAAUGUAGCGCACCCAAUAUGAUGUGAAUAUAUUUCACACACAUUUAGUAAAUCAUUGCUUUAUUUAUCAUUUAAAGAAAUAGAAAAAAAAAUAGAAAAAAAAGCACCAAGGAUAUAUCUGAGUAAACAGAAAAAGCAGGGCAUACAUAAAUAUUCAUAAGAUAAUAAUUUUGUACACGAUAUAUUACUAUAAUUACUCAAAAUCCAAAAUAAAGAGACAAGUGAAAUAAUGGUUUGUAGGAUAAUUGAAAAUUAUCUUUUUUUUGCCUUUCCAUGGGGACUGUUUAUGAAGCUGUUAGUAAAAUCAUGUACAACUGAAUGACUGGUGUAUUGUGCUCAAUUAAUUUCUCAAAAUUUGUUUCAAAUUCAAGAAACAAUAAACUUUGCAUAAAAAUGGUUAUCAACAAUAAGUAAUUUUAUCUAGGAAUAUUAUGAUGCAUAUCAAGAUUAAUCAAGAAUCUGAUUAAGAUCGAUAGGGUGUUCCAGUCAUGUGUGAUGGCAAAACAGCUUUAUAAAACAGCCCUAAAGGUCAAUAUCUUUCAAUAAGAUGAUAUUGAUAUCAUUUGCAAGUAUGGCAGAUAAACUCAGAAUUUAGUAUCCUGCCACCCGUCUUACGUCAGCACUGUUUUUAUAGUGAAAAAUAAUGUGUUUGAAAAGUAGAUGUGUUGUGUAGAGAUAAAGGAAAAUGGCAUGAGAUAUAUAAUAAAGGAUGAUGUCCUAGAUAUUGGAUUUGUUUGUUUCUUCACUGGAUGGUUUAGGUGUCAUAAUUUAUUAUUAUGUAGGCUGUAUAGAAUUCCAGUUGUAUGCUAAAUUUCCCUACCUACACAACAUUUUCCCAAUUAUGUGUUGAAAUUGAUAUAGUCCUGUUUAUAGGUUCUGUAAUACCGGUAAUCUUAUCAAGUACACCGUUCUUAUGUAGCACCAUCAAUGUCAUAAGUUCCUUUUGUUGCAAUGUGAGUUCAACCUUGGACAAGUCCAAUAAAUAAUGGCUUUUAAAGCAGAAAUUAGACUAGUUUUUAAUUUGAGGGAUAAUGUAAUCAGUUUGUUUUCUAUAUUUGUAAAUUGCAGGUAUUUAUGGAGAUCAGCUUUGUUGUGUUUUUAUUACUCACGUUCUGGUUACAGUGUUAACAUGAAUAUAUAACAGUAUAUGUUGGAUUUCUUGAAAGUUACCUCUAAUGGAAACAGACUUUACACAUUUGUGCUUGAUGACGAUAGAGGCUCAGAGAAAGGAUAAUGAGUAAAUUUCCGCUGUAAGUUAUAAUAGGAGAAAUUAUUCCAUGAAUUUGUGCAGGGCUUAAAAAGAACCCUCAACCGCUACAUGAUGUUUGAAAGGAGAGUGCUUUAUAUGUACAUUAGAAGACUAGAAAAGAUAUCUCCAUGUUUCCUCUGAUUCUUCGAUUCUCACGGUUAUCUGUACAGAUGUAAAAAAUAAAUAAAUGAAUUGAAUUAAAUCUGUAUUAGUCACUGGUACAGUGCAAGAAAGCUAUGUAAACAACCCUCAUUAUAGAUGCAGUAUGUUCAUAUUGGUUUAUGUUAUUACAUUUUUUUCUGUAUAUUGUGCUCAAUUUUGAGUUCGUGCUUAAAUCCAUCAUCAGUACGACAUAAUUCUCAUGGGGAUGAUUUUGUUGUUUUUAUUUCUUUUCUUUUGUGAUUGUCUUUUGAAUUUACAUUUCUAUCAGCACUAGAAAUCCUAUUUGAUUUUGACUGCUUCAUGUUUUCUCUCUCUCUUUGUUUCUACAAUCACAUCUAUGCAUCAUCGAUGAUAGAUUAUGGUUUGUAUAAAAGAAUUCUUUUUACAUAUGUUUCACGUUGUAUAUGUUCAUUUAUUUCUUUUUUGCAAGAAGUAAAUGCCAGUAGAUAAAUUAAAAGAGAAAAGAAAACAUUGAUUAUUAAUAAUGUGUUUAAAAAAGUUGAGACAAUAAAUUGAUACCUAUGGCCAAUUUUA